AUGGAACCGCAUCCUUUUUUCAUACCAACCACCAUUAAGUUAGCAACUUUGCCCAAUUCAAACAUUGACACUAACUUCGAAACGACAACACUCCACUAUUCCACUGCACCAAUUUCAUAUGCUAUUGAUGUAACCAGCAAUAUUCCAUACCGGGAUGCUAUAUCAGGUGAGAACAAUAUGUCGUUGCUCUCUAUUGAUACAAGCUUUAAUCAAGGUUAUUCAAGCAAUAAUGAAGAAUAUAGCGAUGAUGACCCGUGGAAAAACUACAACGAAUCAAAAGAAAUGAAGUAUUUAGUCUGUAAUGCUAAUGAUUUACAAGCAAACGUUGCGGCACAGCAGUUACCGUUAUCUUCCAAUCGCCAAUCAAACGCUGAACCGCAGCCGCUGCUACUAUCUUCUACUGUGCGAGCGAACAGUACGACACAACAAUUGCCAUUAUCUCCUACUCUUCAGACAAAUCGUGCGGCACAGCAGUUACCGUUAUCUUCCAAUCGCCAAUCAAAGGCUGAACCGAAGCCGCUGCUACUAUCUUCUACUGUGCGAGCGAACAGUACGACACAACAAUUGCCAUUAUCUCCUACUCUUCAGACAAAUCGUGCGGCACAGCAGUUACCGUUAUCUUCCAAUCGCCAAUCAAACGCUGAACCGCAGCCGUUGCUACUAUCUUCUACUGUGCGAGCGAACAGUACGACACAACAAUUGCCAUUAUCUCCUACUCUUCAGACAAAUCGUGCGGCACAGCAGUUACCGUUAUCUUCCAAUCGCCAAUCAAAGGCUGAACCGCAGCCGCUACCACUAUCAUCUGCUACGCAAGCCAACACUACAACACGGCACUUAUCAUUAUGUUAUAUUCCACAAAUGAACGUUGCACAACUGCGGUUGCCAACAACGUCUAAUUUACAAGCAAACAUUACAACACAAUCGUUAUCACUGCCUUCUGCAAAAUUUUUGCAAACAACAGAUGAAUUUCAGCAACAUUUAUCACCUAUUCAGAAAAUUCGAUUUUUACAUGACAAAGCAACACACUAUGCUAGAUUAGCACAAGAUGCUUGGGAAGAAGCUAGAACAAUUGCUGCUUCUUUGAAUAUGCCACCACCAUCGUUGCCGGAUGCGGUCGAUUUCAUGACACAUAGUUACUUAAAAUAUCAAAAACAGUGGAAUUUAAAGAGAAAUGUUGAUGAACAAGAAAAUAUUAAGCCAUACUUAUCAAAAAUUCAUAACAUGGAAAAUUCCGCAUCAUCAUUAUCUGAUCUUCAAUCUAUUUCCAAAAGCACAAGAAGAAAACCAUCAUUAAAUACUAAUUCUGCAUCGGAUUCUAAUUUCAAUCAAUUGCCUUCUAAAAUGUCCCGAGUUGAGAAAAGUGUGUGCAAGUACGUCAGUGCGAAAUUUACGACAAAUUUGACUACGAAAACGAUCGAUCAACAAUUACCAACAGCAUCGCUACAAUCAAGUUAG